AAAACCCCUCGCCGCAGCCCUCAGCAAAGACAGCAACCAGCCGAAAGCCCAGGCACGCCCGCCGCAAAAAGCCGCUUCUCUCCGCGCCUUUCCCAUGUCCCCCUCCACGCCGCCCCCCGCCGCCGCCUCGACUGCCCGCGUCGCGACCCCGGCCAAAACGCUCCUCCGGGCACCUUCAUCCCCGCACCCUUCUCGCUUGCCCCACAUCUCCAUGUCCACCUCUUCUCCCCGCGCCCCACCCCUUGCCGCGGCGGCCGGCGGGAGAGGCGCGGCGGCGGUGGCGCCCUCCCUCCUCGCCGCCGACCCGGGCCACCGCGAGGCCGUCCUGCUCGCCGCGCGCGCCGCCAUGGGGAACUGCCUCGGGGAGACCCGCCUCGACCUCGCCGUCCCGGGGCUCCGCCUCGCCGCCAAGGGCAAGGUGAGGGACGUGUACGAGAGCGGGGAGCACCUGGUGCUGGUGACCACUGACCGGCAGAGCGCGUUCGACCGUGUCCUUGCUUCCAUCCCGUUUAAAGGCCAGGUUCUUAACGAGACAAGCCUUUGGUGGUUCAAUCGAACCCGUCACAUUACUCCAAAUGCAGUAGUGUCUUCUCCUGAUAAGAAUGUGACAAUUGCCAAAAGGUGCACAGUUUUUCCAGUUGAAUUUGUUGUGAGGGGAUUUGUUACAGGAACCACUGAUACAUCUUUGUGGACAGUUUACAAUAAGGGUGUCAGGAACUAUUGUGGAAAUGCUCUUCCUAACGGCAUGGUAAAGAAUCAGAAGCUAUCUGCGAAUAUACUGACACCAACAACUAAAGCUGCAGAUCAUGAUGUCCCUGUCACUCCAGAUGAGAUAAUCAAAUCAGGGCUGAUGUCAAAGGAUGAUUUUGAUGAGGCAGGAAGCAAAGCCUUAAGCUUGUUUGCAUAUGGACAGCAAGUGGCCUUAGAGAAUGGAUUAAUUCUAGUUGACACAAAGUAUGAGUUUGGAAAAACAGCGGAUGGGACAAUCGUGCUGAUUGAUGAGGUUCAUACUCCUGACUCCAGCAGAUAUUGGAUUGCUAAUUCAUAUGAAGAUAGAUUCAAAUCUGGUCUUGAACCUGAAAAUGUUGACAAGGAGUUUUUAAGGCUUUGGUUCAAGGACAACUGCAAUCCAUAUGAAGACAAGGUUCUGCCAGAAGCUCCGGAGGAGCUGGUCUGUGAGCUAGCCUGGCGGUACAUUUUCCUGUUCGAGACAAUCACAAAUGCAAAAUUCGAGAUCCCUGAAACACAGAUGCAGGAACCGAUUCAUGAAAGGAUCUCAAGGAAUGUUGCUCAAGCCUUACGGGACCUGUAAUUGCUGAUGGAGUAUCCCGGAGCAGAUAUUGCUGAUGACAGCAAGAGGUGAAUUUCUGGUACUGAUAUUCCCGCGGUAAUUGUAGCAUGUGCACAUGCCAUAUAUCCUUCCAGUAAAGGUUGCCAUGACGGCUUGAUGAAGCGAAACUAUCCACAUCUUCCGUGAUGUAUUGUGGUAAUAAAUUCUAUCAGGAGCCAGUUGUAUUUAAGUGAGCUACUGCCAUGCUCUGCUGUUUGAUCUGCUUGGAGCAUGACAAGGGAUACUAAAUAGAGAAAUGCAACAAGCAUACUUGAGAGUUGAGACAGGAAGAUGCAGUGUGCAUACCGUUAUUCCUCUAAUUUCCUCGUGUAAGUCAGUGUAACAUUAUCAAAUGGCUGAGUUUGCCAAGUCUUGUCCACACUUUAGAACAUAAUUGUUUAAACAAGAAAACGUCGCAAAUCACAAUCCAAACAGUUUCAGUACUA